UUCGCAUCGUGUAUCGUCUCCACUCCCAACUCUCUCUCUCUCUCUCUCUCUCUCUCUCUCUCUAUUUCAUUUUCCCGUUCCCAUGUCGACGCUGUAGGACGAAGCUGUAGCUGCGGAUUUGGGCUUCUCCCAAAAGCUCGUUUUCUCUCUCCUCUCCCCCACAAACUCUCCCCCUCUCUCUCUCUCUAUAUAUAUCGCGAUCGAGGGGCGAAUCGAGAGCGCUCAGAUCCGUCGCCCGCGAUGCUCUCCGCCGUCAAAUCGCCCCCUCCUCCCCUCCCCCUCCUCGUCGUCGUCGUCGUCGUCGCCCUCCUCCCGCUCCUCGCACCCGCCGCGGAGUCCGAUCACAAGUACCAAGCUGAGGAUCCUGUUACGCUGUGGGUAAACAAGGUUGGCCCUUAUAACAAUCCGCAAGAGACAUACAACUAUUACAGCCUUCCAUUUUGCCAGCCAUCAGAAAACCCUGCACAUAAAUGGGGCGGACUUGGAGAGGUUCUGGGUGGAAAUGAGCUAAUCGACAGUCAGGUCGACAUAAAAUUUGGAAGAAAUGUCGAGAAGGGCUCCAUUUGUCCAAUUGAGCUUGAUUCUUCAAAGGUUAAGCAAUUCACAGAUGCUAUUGAGGGCUCAUAUUGGUUUGAAUUCUUCAUUGAUGAUUUGCCUUUGUGGGGCUUCGUUGGGGAGACUGACAAGAACAAUGAGAACAAGCAUUAUCUUUUUACCCAUAAGAACAUUGUUGUCAGAUACAAUGGCAAUCAGAUCAUUCAUGUCAAUCUCACCCAAGAAAGUCCUAAGCUUUUGGAAGCAGGAAAGACAUUAGAUAUGACAUAUUCAGUCAAAUGGUUGCCUACUAAUGUAACAUUUGCACGACGUUUUGAUGUUUACUUGGACUAUCCUUUCUUUGAGCACCAGAUUCACUGGUUCUCUAUCUUCAAUUCUUUCAUGAUGGUUAUUUUCCUCACUGGACUGGUAUCAAUGAUAUUGAUGCGAACUCUUAGAAAUGAUUAUGCAAAAUAUGCUCGUGAGGAUGAUGAUCUCGAAACUUUGGAGAGAGACGUCAGUGAAGAAUCAGGAUGGAAACUUGUGCAUGGGGAUGUUUUUCGGCCUCCUCGCAAUUUAGUCCUCCUUUCAGCUCUUGUUGGUAUUGGCACCCAGCUGGCAACUCUUAUUCUGCUAGUAAUUUUGUUGGCAAUCAUUGGAAUGUUGUACAUUGGGCGAGGGGCUAUUGUCACAACUUUCAUAGUAUGCUAUGCCCUUACCUCAUUUAUCUCAGGCUACGUCAGUGGUGGACUUUACUCUAGGAAUGGUGGUAAAAACUGGAUAAAGGCAAUGAUCCUUACGGCAUCCCUCUUUCCAUUCUUGUGCUUCGGAAUUGGUUUAGCCCUCAACACUAUCGCCAUAUUCUACCGAUCAUUGGCAGCUAUUCCCUUCGGCACUAUGGUGGUCGUGUUUAUUCUGUGGGCUUUCAUCUCAUUCCCUCUGGCACUUCUGGGGACAGUGGUGGGUAGAAAUUGGAGUGGUACUCCGAACAAUCCAUGUCGUGUGAAGACUAUUCCUCGACCAAUUCCUGAGAAGAAAUGGUACCUCACACCCUCUGUUGUCUCACUCAUGGGAGGGCUGCUUCCUUUCGGCAGUAUCUUCAUUGAGAUGUACUUUGUAUUCACAUCCUUCUGGAAUUACAAGGUUUACUACGUGUAUGGAUUUAUGUUGCUGGUAUUCCUGAUCCUCAUAAUCGUGACCGUAUGCGUGACCAUCGUCGGCACGUACUUCUUGCUGAACGCGGAGAACUACCACUGGCAGUGGACUUCCUUCUUCUCCGCCGCUUCCACGGCCGUGUAUGUUUACCUCUACUCCAUAUAUUACUAUCACGUCAAGACCAAGAUGUCCGGGUUCUUCCAGACGAGCUUCUACUUUGGCUACACUCUCAUGUUCUGUCUCGGCCUAGGAAUACUUUGUGGUGCUGUCGGUUAUCUGGGUUCUACGUUUUUCGUGCGGAGAAUCUACAGAAACAUCAAAUGCGACUAGACACGGCAUGUCAGACUAUCCCGGUUAUUUAUAGUUGAAGCAGGAAACAUUUGUUGUGGGGGGCGGAAGAAAGAAGGAUAGACAGACGCUGAUUGAAUCUGAUUAUGCUUCGAAAACUCUCAGAGAGCUUUGCUCUCUUUUGUUGUUUACUUCUCUCCCUCUCUCUCUCUCUCUCUCUCUCUCUCUAGUUUACCCUUCUUUUUUUUUUGAUCUAUGGUCUUAUUUAGGUGGCUUUGCAUUUUUCAUGUGCUUAUAUAUAUAUAAUAUAUAUAUAAUGGGCAAUAGCCUCCCUAUACACUAUUCUUUAGCAAAGUUGUUUCAGUAAGUAGAGAAGCACAUUAACCCCUCUCCCUCUCCUUUUGUUGCGACUUUUUGAAAACAAACCACAAGCAUUUUCUUUGGAUGAUGGAUAGAUAUGUGCGGACUCUUCAAUUUCCUCGUGUAUUUCUUUGUGGCAAGAGAAUCUCUUGAGAAUUGCCAAAAUUAUUAUUGAUACAUUGAUUUAUCUGCUAAUUAUAUUUGUUGACGUA